AUUAAACGUGUGUUUGUAUUUUGAUUUUUGAUAAUAUUAUUCCGUAGUAUUAAAUGCAUGGAAGAUGGACAACAAUUAUGAUUUGAAGUUCGUGGAAGAUGAACUUAAAAGUGUUAAAGAAAAAUUGACCGACCUCGUUGAAGGAACUGAGAUUAUAGCUUGUCAUUUCGCACUCGUUCAAGUCAAAGUGAAAAAAACAAAAUAUAAACAAAUGACUGUUCAUCUGCAGUUUUCCAAAGAUUAUCCAAAAAGUGGGAUUUUGGUCGAAUUAAAAAGUAAAACACUUUCUGAAAAACUCUUAAAUAAGUUAGUCAAUAUCUGUGAUCAAGAAAUGAAGAAGUACAUUGGACAACAACAGAUUGUUCCAGUAAUAACAUUCAUAAAGAAGUUCUUGGAUGAUAAUCCAUUUUGUAUUUGCUCUGAUGAACUUAACUAUAUAAAAAAUAAUAUAAUCAAUUCAGACAUAGACAAAUAUAAAAUGAAAACAAAAAGUGGAAUAAUUACUGUAAAUAUAAAUCAAGACAGAUUUAAUAUGGAAUUCGUUAUAACAGUUCCAGAUAAAUAUCCAGCUGAGGCAGUUAGGAUAGAAGAAACAGGUUCAAAUUUUCCAUCAUACUUGAGAAAAGUUUUUCUAUCACAGGCUGAAGAAAUAGCUAGGAGGUGUGUCAGUAAACCUCUAAAGAAAAAUCCCAAGGCUGCACCAUUUGAACCAAAACCAUCACUCCAGCCAGUUUUCGAAUUCUUAGUCAAUGAUUGCAUCAGAAAGUAUCCAAGAGAAACAUGCCCAUUGUGCAAGCUCAAAACUUUACCUGACAAUCCUGAGGCAGUGGUAAAAGACCCUACAGACCCUAAUCAUCUAGAGAGAGUAUAUUGUUCGCACAUCUACCAUUUUGGAUGUCUGGACAAAUAUAUGAAAACGCCACCUUUUAAAGAUAAAAAAUGUCCAGCAUGCAAAAGUGUAAUCUAUCAUGAGAAAUGGAAUGUAACUCCAAAGGUGGCAGAGGAUCGCUGGGCUCAUAAAGAAGCAAAACAACGAGAACUGGAGGAAGUUGUUGAUUUUCUAGGUGAUUGAUGAUACUGAUAAGUGAUAAAUAAG